AUGGGUUCCGUCACUCCACAGCUCACGGAGGAAUACCCUCCAAAGUGCAGUCUUCAGAAAGACAUCUACCGUCCCUUUCCUCCACUCCCAGACAAACUACCAGGAUCAGCCGAUGUAGACGGCACGGCGCUUGUCACCGAAGCUCUUCACUCUCUUACAGCUGCGCUUGAAGAAGGCGACACCCAGCAACUGAAGGAUGUCUUCCUUGGCAGCCAAGCCUACUGGCGCGAUCUCUUAUCGUUCACAUUCCAUUUCCGAACGUUCAACGACGGACCUAUCAUAGCCCCAGCACUGAAAAAGCUGGCCAAGGAGCGAGGCUUGGCCGGUGGCUUCAAUCUUGUCCCAGGCUCCGUACACGAUGUCUCGCCCACCCCGGCCCUCAGAUGGAUAUCAGGCUUCUUCACCUUUGAGACCACCCGUCCCAAGAGCAAGUGUGAAGGCUCGGUGCAACUAUUCCCAGAACAGGCAGCGGAUGGCCAGAUCAAGUGGAAAAUAUGGACGCUCGCCACAUGGCUUGAGGACUAUACAGACUGGCCAGAGAACCAAGACCUCCUGACUGCCCCAGGAAGGAAGUUGGAUGACGUUGAGCACAUCGAUACAGAUGUCCUGAUCGUUGGAGGAGGCAAUGCUGGUUUGAUCCAAGCGGCGAGACUGAAGGCCGCCGGCGUCGAGAGCGUGGUAAUCGACAAACUUGCUCGACCGGGGGACAACUGGGCGACUCGAUACGAUAGCAUGCGUUUCCACAUCGGAAAGUCGGGAUGCAACCCUCCAUUUAUGCCAUAUCCUGAUGAGCUCCCAUUGAUUCUCACGAGAGACAUGCUCGCCGGACAUAUGAGAGACUUCGCCAGCAAGUUCAACCUGAACAUCCUUCACUCCUCGUGGCUCGUGGGAAGCUCGUUCAACAAGACCAAGGGAGUCUGGAAUGCCAAGAUACACACGCCCUUUGGCAUCAAGACAGUCAGAGCGCCGCAGCUCGUCCAGGCUACCGGGGUUGGCUGCGACCACCCGUACAUACCGAAGCUUCCGGGCAAGGAGCUGUACAAGGGGGUGGCCAGUAUUCAUUCAAAGCACUAUAAGAACCCGAAAGUGUUGCAGGAUAAGGGAGCAAAGUCUGUAAUUGUUGUCGGUGCCGCAAAUUCAGCUUUCGAUGUCAUGGAAGACUGCGCGGCGGCAGGACUCAAGACCACCAUGAUCGCCCGGAGUCCCACCUUCAUCUUCCCCUGGGAAUAUGCGCUAUUCCCCGAGGGCCUCGGCAUGUACGAGGCAAUGCCAACCGAUGUAGUCGACAAAAUACUUGUCCCGGGCCCCGCCGCGAUCGGCGGGCAGCUCGUGCGGGACUCGUACGCGAACAUGGCGGCCACCAAGGACAAGGACAAGUACAAGCCGCUGCUGGAGCGAGGGUUCCCCGUCUACGACUCCGCAAACGGGGGCGACCUGAUCCACCACCUAAUGGAGGCCGGCGGGAAGCACUUCAACGACAUUGGCGAGGGGAUACGGUACAUCGUGGAGGGCAAGGUGGCCGUCCGGGGCCUGGUCCAGCCGACGGCCUACACCGAGACGGGCCUCGAGCUCAGCGACGGCUCGGUCGUCGAGGCGGACGCCAUCAUCUGGGCCACCGGGUUCGACUCGGACAAGGACCGCAGCACGACGGCCGAGGUCCUGGGCAGCGACAAGUUCCUCGGGAACGACCACGGGGACGCAGACAGUGUGCUUGGCCCCGAGGACGUGAGUGCCCUCAGGGACGGGAUCUGGGGCGUCGACAAGGAAGGAGAGCUACGCGGGAUGUUUACGAGGCAUUUGCGUGUGCCCAACUACUACAUCCAUGGGGGAACGACAACACACCAUCGGUAUCACUCCAAGCACGUAGCGAUGCUGAUCAAAGCCGAUCUCGAGGGUUUCCUGCCCGAGGCCUACCGAGACACACCUGAGCCUGUGUGA